UAGAGCAACGAUCGUUGGUUUUUUCAUAGCUAACAGCGUGGUGGUCGUCGACGAUGUCGAAGAUAACAAAAUAAGACAUCUGGCUUAGUAGCGUCGCGGCUCGUCGCGUCGGCUAGUUUGGCCGUAAAGCGUCUUCACCUCCUUCGGAGGACAUGCAAGAAAUAUCCGAGACAGUGCGGCAAAUCGUCGAAUUCGAGGAUUUAGUGUCGCGAUUGAAUCGAAUAAACGACGUUGGACGUCCGUUGACCAAUAACCGUUCCGUUAUCGAAGGAAGAAUCGGUACCGCGAUUACACUACCAACAACAACUAUAACGGCUACGUUAACGAGAACAACGACGACAAAGUCGUUGUCCAAUUGGACGAGUAAUACUGGCUCGUUGCUAGGUCCGCGUUAUGUAGCUCCGGGAUCGGUGGCUGAAUUUGAAUCGGAAUCGGUAUCAAAAUUGGGUACGGUGCCUGUGCCGGCGUCGGCGCCAACGUCGACGUCGGCAUCGGUAGAGUUUGCGAGCAAACAGCAAUCACCGUCGUUUAGCUCGAUUCCACUGUCGUUUUCGUCGUCCGUGCAUUCGGACAUCGAAUCUGCCGUAAAGUCCGUCGUUGAUCGAGCGUUCAAUUUCUCGUCUACCUUGGAUCGUCAACGGAAAGACGGAAAGGUUGGACAACGCGAGCAAGAGCAACGCGUGCGCGUGAACAUCGGUAUCGACGAGGAUCUGCGCAUGAUCCUCGAAAUGGAUCCGUCGAUCGUUGACGGAACGCCGACGGCGUCUCCGUUGCACGGCAAUUCUCGGAACAACGGUCACGUUGCGUUUGCCCGACCAUUACGAUCUACUCGCCCACAAGGCUGUCCACCGACGUUUAAAACUGCGACGCCCACAUCGCGUACGCAACUGAAGCUCCAGCUGAUGCGAGAGCAGCUGCAGGAGCAAGAGAGGCGAGAGGCUGAAUUCCGUCAGAACUUGCAGCAACAGAGACCAACUACCGCCCCUCCUAGACCCGUACCCACUACUACGCUGUCGACUAUCGGGGUAGAUGUACCACCGCAAGUCUUACAGGUACGAACGCUAUUGGAAAAUCCGACGCGUUAUCACGUUGUUCAGAAGCAGAAGAAUCAAGUGCGACAGUAUCUUCACGAGUCGUUUCGCGGCAAUGGUACCACCGGCGACGAAAGCGUUCUCGCAAGAAAUUCGGUGGAAGCCGUGCCAACGUCCGCGCCGAUGGUUGUCCAGAGCGCACCACCGGGACCAACCGUGCACCAUCCAAAGCCACAGCAUCCUCACUUGGCCUCGUACCCACAUGGUCCCACCGUAUUGUCGCACGUUAAUCCGCUCGCGGCCAGUCCAGAUCCUGCGACUGGUGCCAUGUCACCAGGACUUUCCAGUGUCGCAACCAGCAACUCCGAGGCGGAGGAUCUUCUGGACGACAUCCUGUCGUUCGAAGCCAACUCCCUAGGUGAUAAUUUAAAAGACAGCCAGUCAGGAAGUCUGUCCAAUAUUCCAGAGUUACAAAUCAAGCCCGAACCUCUGUUGCUUACCGAUGCUGAGAUACACGCGCUUGCCAAAGAUCGACAAAAGAAAGAUAAUCAUAAUAUGAUCGAGAGACGGCGACGGUUCAAUAUCAACGAUAGAAUCAAAGAGCUCGGCACUCUCUUGCCUAAAACUAACGACCCAUAUUAUGAAAUCGUGCGAGACGUCAGGCCAAACAAGGGAACGAUUCUAAAGUCUUCGGUGGAGUACAUAAAAUUGUUAAAAAACGAGUUGACAAGGAUGAAACAGAACGAGCUGAGACACAAGCAACUGGAACAUCAGAAUCGUCGACUCCUUUUACGAGUUCAAGAGUUGGAGUUGCAAGCGAAGGCGCAUGGUCUUCCGGUGACUGAUUUUAGUUGGGCCUCGACUUCCGGUAGCAUGCUGAACACCUUUCCUCGAAACAAGCUCGAACAACGCAAGAUUCCAGAAUUGGUUACCGAAGAAGCAACGAGCUUAAGUAUGUCGCAGCUGGAAGAUCUGAUGGAGGACGAUGGAAACGGUCCGAUUCAUAGCGGCGACCCGAUGCUCUCGUCGCCUCAUUUACCGCCGCUAAGUCCAGCACAGGCUGGCUGUCAACAUGCCCUACCAGACGAAGAUACCCUUGGUAGUUUGGCACCAACCACGCCGAAUUCCUCCUCCGAUAUGGACAUUGUCGCGUAAUAGGAUCCGAGCGUUGAUAGCGCUCCGAAUAAUCAAUUUAUAUAUUUUUCAAUCGGAAGGACAUUCGAAUUUUAUCGUAACAAGAAAGUAACAAACGCGAUAUAAUCGAUACCGAGCGAUGCGAACGUCGCAUCCUUGUGUCUGAUUAACAACGUACAUGUUAUGUGUUGUUCUUGUCCUUUUUUCCAACGGCUGGCCGUUACAUACAUACGUAUUAUAAAUCGUAAGUCUAUGUAAAAAGAUACUUAGUAUAAUCGUAUAAUGAUUCUUGAGAAAAUUCACCUACUUUCACGCAUUCAAAUAGUUGCAAAAGCAAAAAGGUUCUCGAACUCGUAUUCGUAUGGUUGUUUUCGACGGCAACCAUCGAUCCCUUACAGGUGUCAAAUACUUAUGGGAUAUACGUAAUGAAUAACGGAUGCGCUCAGCAUCCAAGUUUUACGAUAAAUAAACGCUCGCGCAGGUCGCGAGUUCGUUGACGAACAAACAAAGAAUCGAAAUAUACUUUAAAAUACUUUUUGGAGUCGUCCAGAGUUACGAGAAAUACUCUGGAUGUUCCUUUUAAUUUCUAAUUUUUGUCCCAGUUCGAUUAUGAUCAGUGUUAUCGCAUUACGUUGCGUUUCGUCGCAUUAUUAGAAGCAAAGCGUACCGCGAUACUCGAACCAGUUCGUUCAAGUGCCUUUUAAUUUUUUUCUGUCAUUCUCCUUCGCCUUCACCCAUUGUCUUAGUUGUUGAUAAUGCGCGAAGAGAAUCAACUGCGUGUUUCAUCGUCCAACGAUUUCGUUGACCAUUUUUAACGAUUAUUCGUUUCUUCCUAUAAAAUUUCUCGAUUUAAAAAGACAUUAGUGAACGUACGUUCAGAUAUAGAUAUAUAAUGGCGAGUACGGGCUAAUUAAACUUGACACGUAGAUCUAAGAUGAUAAUCGAUCAAUUAGAAAAGAGACGAUUCGAUAACUCGAAGGAAAACUUGAACAAGUGUUGUAAACAAGAUAAGAGGAGGUGAUUUAUUGAAAGACGAAAACUUACGUGGGAGAAAAGCCUGCGACAGAAUAUAUAUUUUCGAAAGUAUUUUGCGUCGGAAACAGCAAGUGAUUAAUGUUACUGGCGAAUGAUGUACGCUGUUAUUCCACGGAGAUGUCUCGUGUGCGCGAAUAAUAUUGCUGUUCCCGUCGCUCUGUGAUCCUUUUAAUAUAUGUAACUAAUCGCGUUUUACCUCGUUAAUGCGUAUUAUUCGCUCACUGUUAUCCGCGAAAACCGUGCAAGAAUCUCGUGAUAAUUCUUCACGGUCACCGCGCGAAACUACAGAGUAUAUAAAGAGACGUUACAGAAAAA